UAGCAGAAUCAAAAUAUUCAUUGUUAAUUGUUUAGCAGAAGUGAUCAUAAAAAAACCCAAAGGUAUGACUGAUGUCGACAGCAAUUGACUGAUAUACAAUAUGAAAUUGCCAUUUGCUGCAGAAGCCAAUGAACUUUGCACAGGUCAUGUUUGCUGUCUAGAAUACGUCCAAAGUUUGUAAGAAAUGAGAAAUCGAUCAAAUUUAUAUAGUUUUUUUGACAAAGCAUGGACCUGCGAAAACAUUAUUCUUUAAAAGCGGAUAUGAUUGUCUUAGAUUUGCUUUCCUAAUUUCAAGCAACAUGUUUUUCUGUUGAGAACUGGUUGAGCAACUAUAAAUUAUCAAACUUAAAAUCACACCAAAAUUUACUACAUGUUGCAAUGAUGUGACUUUUUCGUGGCUACAAAACCUUGUUGUUAACUUUUUGAAAGCUAAGGUUAAUACGUCCUAGCAUCAAAUGAAAGAGUGCCUUCGUUUUAAAAAAAGGCUUAAAUAGAAUGACACGUUAUGAGUUUUUCAUAUACAUACAGAACAGGCAAAGUUGACGUUGCUAGGGUAUCAACAUUGUUGUGGUUUCAAUGUAUCGAUUAAGGUCUAUUUAAUACAGUAUGGGCAAAAUAUACCACCUGUCUUUUAUUUGCUUUACAAGCAAAUAGAAACAUUUAAAAGGGGUGCUUCAAUAUGUCAUGACACAACUAUAAAGCUGCAAUGCACAUUGUUCGUAUCUUAAUCAAUAAAUGACCGUGGAUAUGGAACGUUUUUUCUUAUUCCUUGUGUUCUUCAUUUUCGCACAAAAUAAGCUUGUUGCAGGCACAAACUUUGGAGUGUCAAAGACCUAUUACAUUCGCCAUUUUGAUGGAAAGUGCUUAGAGUACGAUGAGGUCCGUCAGGUCCUGGUUUACGGUCGACUUUGCCGAGAAAAGUUCCAAUGGCAGGGAGGAGCAAGACUCAUCCAUAUACCAACAAAGAAAUGCAUCACUGUCAAUGCAACAAGCGAUGGAAGCUUCUUGUCUUUGUCAAGCCAAUGCAGUGGCACAAACAGUCUGUUGCAAUACGAUGAAAGCAAUCGAGUGAUUCGGCAUCUUGUCUCCAACAAAUGUUUGCAUCCAGCAACUGGAGAUGCUGAUCCUACAAAUAAUACUGCAAUUGUCCUGAAGUCAGGCUGCGACGAAAACAUCAACAAAUUCUACUUCAGAAAGAAAGCCUACUAUAUCAUCCGGCAUUUUGGUGGACUAUGUUGGGUUUAUAACUCUGCAGAGAACUUGAUCAAACUGAUGAAUCCAUUUGCUUGUGAUCGCUUUGAGUAUUUGAAUAAGUACCAUUUGAGGCACGUUGAAACCGGCAAAUGUGUUAUUUUUUCAAGCUCAUAUAUGCGACUGACUGACGACUGUGAAUCUCCAGAAACAAUUUACAAACUCAACCAGUUUUCUCUACUUGAGCAUGCACCAACUAAUUGUAUACAUCCGUUAAAUGGAGCUUUAUAUCCUGCCAAUGGAAAUUUGCUUUCCCUAUAUAGCAAUGGAUGUACUGAUGAAGACCGCUUGAGAUUCUCCUUCCUUGACGAUAAAGAUUUACUUAAAGUCAAGAUCAUAUCCGAAUCCUGUAAGGACAUCCCGCCAGAUACUGAUUGUGCUCAUUGCAAAAGUCACGUGCUAGUCAAUGGCCGUCAACACAGUCUAAACAUGCGUGGGAUAGAUAUCGUUCUCUUUGAUUUCAGAAGUGGCCUAUUUGAGCAUAGGAUGAAUUACGAUGUCGGCGGCAGCACAGUACAUCAAGACAAUUUAGCAACGUUUCUAAAUAACCUUCCCCCAGGGAAGAUCCUGUUCAUGUCAGCAAAGGAUGCAGUUAACAUGAAUAGUGGUCUAGCUCUUGCGCUACAAAAGAUUGGUGUUUCUGCAACAUUUGCAACUGCCCCUGUUCCAAAUGUCAAUAUGUCUCUGGCAUAUGUUGGCUAUACAGGACAGGUGAGAAAAGAUUGGGAGAAAUCUGUUAACAAGAUUGGGGGGUCAGGAGCUUCAAUUAUUGAAGUUAACAUCAAAACCUUUCAUGAACGGGAUGGAAUUGAUGACUGCUCAAAUGAACUUGGAGUAAGAACCAGAAAAAUACCGGAUUCUAGGUUUUAUGCAAGGACAAGUUGGAAUAAUGACAUCGGCCACAUGCCUCAUAUUGCUAGAUUGCAUUCUUCUAAACCGGGAUGGUGUUCAGGUACUUAUGUACCGGUGUCGGAAUACUUACAGGUGGAUCUCGGAACCAGGAAAAUAUUAAAUGGUGUUGCUAUUCAAGGUCAAGGUAUAGACGGCAGACAUAGAAUUUCUAAAUUUAAAAUAGAGUACAGUAAUGACGGAAUAAAUUGGGAGUUUUACAAUAGAGGUUUAAGCUCCGCUGUGGAAUUGGACGGUCUACAAGGGGAACAUACUGACCAAUUUGAAACAAAGGUUAACUGGCUUCAAAACAUACAAAUGAGGUUCAUUAGAGUUGUUCCAACAGCAAGAGCUACUGAUUACUCGACCUGUUUGAGAAUGGAGUUAUUUGGAUGUUCCAUAUCAAGAAGUUUUGUAAGUGUAGAACUUUGGCCAUCGUCUAGCAUGUUUGUGAAUGACAUAUUCACAGGUACAAUAUCUCUCUUCGGUACCAUAACGAAAAACAUGUCAGUUCAUAUUUCUACGGCCCCAGAUUUCUCUAGCCUUGCGACAAGCAAUGAUCAGUUUCACUUUCGCAGGAUAAAUGCAUCGACAACAGUUGAUAAUGGAACUGUCAUAAUGGACAAUGGUGAGAUGAACCUGCUGACCGACUGGACUAGAAAGUUUGAUAAUGAAGCUCUGAUUCAGUUUGGUUUAAAGGGAGAUAUUUACUAUGCAUUUGAAGUCGACUUUGUCGGAAAGGUGGUAGACGCUGCACAUCCAAUGGGCAAUACCUUUCUAACUAUAACCACAGAAACUGAGGCUGGAAUCCUGGCUUAUUCAACAACGUUUCAAAUCAAAAGAUCCACGACAGAUUCGAGCAAUCUUCGGUUUAAUUUAACAACGUUCAAUUUGGAUAAUUUGGUUGAAAACAGCUAUCUUUACCUAAACCUCUCAAUUUCCCAUUUGCUUGGAAAAAGUAACUCAAAUGCUUAUGGUGUAACUCUCAUGAUUUAUUUCAAUACCAAAUUUCUUCAGUUGAAAUCACUGGCAUUCGUCAACACAAGUCGCUUCAGUCUACCCCCGUCCAGAAACACAACCACGCCUGGGUUUAUUAUGAUUCAGACUGAUACACUGUGGCUGCUGAACAGGCAGGAAUUUUCGAUAAUACUUCAGGCAAAAUAUCCAAAGUCUAUAACAAGAGGUGAAAACUGCAAUGAAGAUAUCAUCAUUGAUUUUGCGUAUAAGAACAACUUGGCAAAAUUCAAUGGAACUGCGAACUCGACUUUAGAGAGGAAUGUGCCAUUCAAAUUUCAUGAACGUGAUGGAAUUGAUGAUUGCUCAAAUGAACUUGGAGUAAGAACCAGAAAAAUACCGGAUUCUAGGUUUUAUGCAAGGACAAGUUGGAGAAAUGACAUCGGCCACAUGCCUCAUAUUGCUAGAUUGCAUUCUUCUAAACCGGGAUGGUGUUCAGGUACUUAUGUACCGGUGUCGGAAUACUUACAGGUGGAUCUCGGAACCAGGAAAAUAUUAAAUGGUGUUGCUAUUCAAGGUCAAGGUAUAGACGGCAGACAUAGAAUUUCUAAAUUUAAAAUAGAGUACAGUAAUGACGGAAUAAAUUGGGAGUUUUACAAUAGAGGUUUAAGCUCCGCUGUGGAAUUGGACGGUCUACAAGGGGAACAUACUGACCAAUUUGAAACAAAGGUUAACUGGCUUCAAAACAUACAAAUGAGGUUCAUUAGAGUUGUUCCAACAGCAAGAGCUUCUGAUUAUUCGACCUGUUUGAGAAUGGAGUUAUUUGGAUGUUCCAUAUCAAAGGGUUUUGUAAGUGUAGAACUUUCGCCAUCGUCUAGCAUGUUUGUGAAUGACAUAUUCACAGGUAAAAUAUCUCUCUUCGGUACCAUAACGAAAAACAUGUCAGUUCAUAUUUCUACGGCCCCAGAUUUCUCUAGCCUUGCGACAAGCAAUGAUCAGUUUCACUUUCGCAGGAUAAAUGCAUCGACAACAGUUGAUAAUGGAACUGUCAUAAUGGACAAUGGGGAGAUGAACCUGCUGACCGACUGGACUAGAAAGAUUGAUAAUGAAGCUCUGAUUCAGUUUGGUUUAAAGGGAGAUAUUUACUAUGCAUUUGAAGUCGACUUUGUCGGAAAGGUGGUAGACGCUGCACAUCCAAUGGGCAAUACCUUUCUAAUUAUAACCACAGAAACUGAGGCUGGAAUCCUGGCUUAUUCAACAACGUAUCAAAUCAAAAGAUCCAAGACAGAUUCGAGCAAUCUUCAGUUUAAUUUAACAACGUUCAAUUUGGAUAAUUUGGUUGAAAACAGCUAUCUUAACCUAAACCUCUCAAUUUCCCAUUUGCUUGGAAAAAGCAACUCAAAUGCUUAUGGUGUAACUCUCAUGAUUUAUUUCAAUACCAAAUUUCUUCAGUUGAAAUCACUGGCAUUCCUCAACACAAGUCGCUUCAGUCUACCCCCGUCCAGAAACACAACCACGCCUGGGUUUAUUAUGAUUCAAACUGAUACAAUGUGGCUGCUAAACAGGCAGGAAUUUUCGAUAAUACUUCAGGCAAAGUACCCAAAGUCUAUAACAAGAGGAGAAAACUGCAAUGAAGAUAUCAUCAUUGAUUUUGCGUAUAAGAACAACUUGGCAAAAUUCAAUGGAACUGCGAACUCGACUUUAGAGAGGAAUGUGCCAUUCAAAUGCAAAAUUAACCACAAUAGAGAUAUCAGGGUGAAGUCAGUUAGGUUGCCGUCUCCAGCAUUCAGCAUGAUUUAUGACGAAGUAAAUCAGCAAUUCUUUUUCUGUUAUCAAAAUAAAACACACACGACAAGAGACUCUGCCACUUGCUUUUUCACAGAGAAGCAGAAUGAAUUUUGGCGACAGCUGCCUUAUGUUUCCUCACUGAUGGGUGUUGAUGUUGAAAAGAAAACUGUCUAUGGAUUGAGCAGAUUUGGAAUAUCUUAUGCUAUUUCUUAUUACCCAUACAGUGUGUUUGAUCAGAUGGAAGAUUCCGAAUGGACACAAGUAAAGGAUCAAGGGCAAAUCAGAAAAGCUCUGAAAGCAGCCAGUGUUGAUUUGUUACCAUGGUCUCCAGAAAGCUCUUGGAUAAUAAAUGAAUCCGGCCAGGCGAUUUGGGCAGCAACAAAAAGAGGAAUCUCUAAAAAAGUAGAUGGAGUAUGGAAACGGAAGGUUGCUUUUGAUGAAUUCAUAUAACGAACUUUUGAGAUUGACAUUACCAAAAAUCAUAUCUACUUUGGUAAUAUUUGUUCUUGCACAGUGUUUAUCUGUUCUAGCGCAUGUUUACAUAAUCUUAGGUUCUUGCAUACUAUAAACCCUCACGUCUAGUAAUUCUAUAUUUUAACACACAAUUAGUUCACUUUUGUCACAAUUUGUGUUCUUAAUGUUAACUUUGAGAAAUGAAGCAUUUUUGACGUCAAACAAUAACAUUUUGAAAAUAGUCCUCUAUUAUAGCUUGCCAUUUGCGAUUAAAAACCCUUUCAGAAUGCACAACUAAUAACAGGCUCUUGCAUAGAGCCUCGACACCGUGACGAAUAUUUGUGGCUAGCUAUAUUUACCAGAAUUGUUAGUAUCCAAUAUUUGCUUUCACUAAGAAUUUGAAUAAGAGCAUUUUGCAUUUCGUCGAUUCAGCGAAUAUUUUUGCUUUUCUUUCUGUCUGUCUGUCAUUGCUAUUCUUUCGGACC